UUGUGAUAUUUUACUUUGUUGACAAACCUCAAUCCAAUUCAUAGACCGCGGCCGUCUCUGACUUCUAUCCCUUCACGCGCAUCUGCAUGAUGCCAUCACUCGUUUCUUUGUCUCAGUCAGUGCAGAGAUUUUGCAGCACAUGAGAAUCAUGAUUACCAAGUCCAAAAAUAGUCUAAAACUGUUCCUUUUUUGCACCCUUGUGCUCACCGUUACAGAAACAUCUGCUUCGGUGUUCAACAACGUUAGCUGCUCCAGUAACCACACUUUCACUCCAAACACCACCUUCAAUGCCAACCUCAACACCCUUCUCUCCCACCUUUCCUCCAACGUCACCAACAACUUUAGAUUCUUCAACACAACAUCUGGGGAGGGUUCGGACACCGUCUAUGGCCUCUACAUGUGCCGUGGAGACGUGCCGUUUGCUCUAUGCAGAGAGUGUGUGGGUUUCGCGACCCUAACCAUAGCCUCGUCGUGUCCCACAUCGAAAGAGGCUGUGAUUUGGUACAACGAGUGUUUGUUGCGCUACUCUUACAGGUUCUUCUUCUCUAAAAUGGAAGAAUGGCCACGGCACCAGGUCAAUAUCCCAUUGGGGGAUCCUGUCGUUUUGCACAGUAAUAAAUUCUACACUGCUUUAGGAUCCAUUUUCAAUGAACUUCCAAAUCAAGCAGCACUGGCUCUCAGAGGGUCCAACCCUUAUGCUGUUAAGCAAGAAAACGCUUCUGCGAGUGUGACCCUGUAUGGCCUCGCUCAGUGCACACCAGACUUGGCCGCCGGAGAUUGCAAACGGUGUAUCGCCGAUGCGGCGGCGGAAUUCGCCGUGUCUUGUUGCGGAGGGAGCAUAGGGGCAAGUGUUCUGUUUCCCAGUUGCAUUGUUAGGUAUGAAACGUAUCCGUUUUAUCAGCAUUCAGGAACCUCCGCGCCAACAACGAUUAAGGGUUCAGGAAAUAUUCGCACUGAAGUGAUUGUGAUAGCCGUUGUCAUGGUUGUCGUUUUGGUAAUCAUUUUUUUCUUUGGCUACUACGGUUUCAACCGCAUAAAAGCGAGAAAGAAAAGCAAGGCCAGUGACGACAGAGAAAACUUUGGGGUAGAAAUCAGUGUCUUGGAGUCCUUGGAAUUUGAUUUUGCUACAAUUGAAGCAGCAACAAACAAGUUUUCUGAAGACCGCAGGAUCGGCAAAGGGGGUUACGGAGAAGUCUACAAGGGAAUCCUUCCUAACGGUGAAGAAGUAGCUGUAAAGAGAUUGUCAACAAAUUCUAAGCAGGGAGCGGAGGAAUUCAAGAAUGAAGUGUUGUUAAUAGCUAAACUUCAACACAAAAAUUUGGUGAGGUUAAUAGGAUUUUGCCAACAAGACAGAGAGAAAAUACUUAUCUAUGAAUAUGUCCCUAACAAAAGCCUUGAUCACUUUCUAUUUGAUCCCGCAACACACAGAAUAUUAACUUGGUCAGAGCGGUAUAAAAUCAUUAAAGGAAUUGCAAGAGGAAUUCUUUAUCUUCAUGAAGACUCUCGUCUUAAGAUUAUACAUCGUGAUAUCAAACCAAGCAAUGUUCUAUUGGACAACGACUUCAAUCCAAAAAUCUCUGAUUUUGGCAUGGCAAGGAUGGUAGAUACAAACCAGAUUCAAGGAUGUACGAACAGAGUUGUGGGUACAUACGGUUACAUGCCUCCCGAGUAUGCCAUGCAUGGACACUUUUCUGAAAAGUCUGAUGUAUUCAGUUUUGGAGUUAUGAUUCUUGAGAUUAUCAGUGGAAAGAAGAAUUCUUGUUCUUAUGAAUCAUCUCGUGUCGAUGAUCUCUUGAGUUAUGCAUGGAACAAUUGGAGGGAUGUAUCACCAUUUCAAUUGUUGGAUCCGAGUCUUGUGGAAUCUUACAGUCCAAACGAAGUUGAGAAAUGUAUGCAGAUUGGUUUAUUGUGUGUGCAAGAAAAUCCUGAUGACAGACCAAUAAUAGGAACCAUCGUUUCAUAUCUUAGCAACCCUUCGGUUGAAAUGCCAUUCCCUUUAGAGCCAGCGUUUUUCAUGCAAGGCAGAGUUAGAAGACAUUCAGCUGAACAUCAAUCAUCUUCAGGUUACUCCAUCAAUCAUUCUUUCUCCACCUCUGUAAAUAACAUGUCCACUACCGUAUUCUUCCCUAGAUAGAAUUCUUAUAUCUUAUAUCUAAUUAAACUCA